ACGAUUCCCGUCUCUGAUUUUUCCCAUUUUGACGGUUCUCAAACCCCAUUUCACAUUUCUUCUUCUGUGCCGACCCACUUCAACGAUCAAUGGCUUCCCGAAGGAGAUGAAACCCCAUCAUUGUCCCCUAGAAGCAAGUUGAAGUUUCUUUGUAGUUAUGGCGGCAAGACUCCUCGCCCCACCGAUGGCCAUCUCAAGUAUGUUGGCGGCGAGACGCGCGUUAUUGCUUUGCCUCGCGAUAUCAGUUCAACAGAUCUAAUGAAGAAACUGACUGCUCUGUUUGAUGGAGAUAUGGUGCUAAAGUAUCAGUUGUUUCCUGAGGAUCUUGAUGUUUUGGUCUCUGUGAGGUCUGAUGAGGAUUUAAAGCAUAUGCUUGAUGAAUAUGAUCGGCUCGAAAGCGAAGGAACUCCUAAGCUUCGGUGUUUUUUAUUUCCUUCAAACCCAAUUGUUAUUGAGGCUCAACCGUUCUCCGCUGAUCCCCAUCAAAUUGAGCAACGUUAUCUUGAAGCCAUCAAUGGCAUUGUACGUUCUGGCUCCUCCACCAGCGCAAAACUCUCCCCUACUAAUGCUAACCGCCCUACAUUCAGCAUUUCAUCUGCUUGUUCAUCUCCAAAAUCGUCUUCUCCGGACACCCAAACGGCAGAAUCUAUGGCUCAAGAAGCAUUCUCUUGGAAUAGCAUGAAACCAAGUCGCCCGCCUAUGCACAAGGUCCAUAGCUCUCCUAGCCUUUGCAGUUCCAACAACCUUCAACCUCCCACCAUUGCCAUUCCAAUUAGUAAACACCACAUCCAACAACGCCAUUACCACUAUCAACAAAACCCGCUGCAGCAGCAGCAUCAUAAUAGCUACCAGUCUGCAAGACUGCCACCAGAGUUUAGCCGAUCUAAUGCCCCUGAAAGAGUUCCUAUGAACCUUUCGCCAUCACCGCCUAUAGGUAGGACCGACGUUGGAAGGAGUCUGAUGGGACCUAAUGUUAGCCACCACACAUCUAGUAGACAGCAAAGAGGAAUUGGAGUGUGGAACAAAUAUGGAUACUCUGAAGAGUUUGCAGCGAACGGUUGUGGUAGGAUCGAUAGAACCGAGAGUAAUCAAUGGAGCGCAAAAAAACAGCUUUGGGAGUAACAAAAUACAGUUUGUUUAGUCUUGUAGAUAAUUGGGAAGAACAGAAUCACAGAUGGUGAGUAUAGUCAUCUUCUGUUUGUGCUAUAUUUUGCACAAUCAUCAUACUUUUUGUUUUGAGCUGAUGUUUCCUAUGAAGUAAAUACUUGUAUAGAUGUGUAUAGGUUUCAUAAACAAAUCUCAUGUGUUUGUGAUAUUUUAGUUUAAUACUUGUACAUGGUGUUAUGCCAAACUGUUAAGAUUAUACACAGUGUCGAUGCAAUUCAGGAUUUAAGUUCACUCCUCCAUAUUGUCAUU